CAGAGAGAGAAAGUUUGAAGCCCUGGUUUGAAGCUCCGGGGCUUCAAAGGUAUUUCCAGUGCUCUAACCCCGGUCUCGCUUAUUCCUCAUCGAAAAGUGUGAUCAGACAAUUGUUUAAUGGCCACACAUUUGGAAGGAGGUCAUGACUCAGGUGGCGGGCUUGGUAGUCAUUAUUGGAGCAGGGGAUUCAAAAGAUCAUCCUAACAAGAGAAAAAGAUUUCACCAUGCAGUGGAAGAAGAAGAAGAAGACGACCAAAUAACAUCCCAAAGAGCCAAAACCAUCAAUUCUCUCCUUGGGAUUGAACUCCCCCUCUUGACUCCCCUCCCUUUGGAGUGGCAAAGAUGCCUUGACAUUAAGUCCGGGCAAGUGUACUUCUACAACACAAGAACAAAUGAGAAGACGUCGAGGGAUCCAAGGCUGCGCCGCCGAGAGCCUCCGGCGAAUUUGGACCUCGAACUGAACUUACUCUGCGGGUCGUCCGAACGACACGUCGGCGACAAUUUCACGGAGAUGACCAAAGUUUCCGGCGGCACCCAAACAAGGGAUGGCCAGUUGACCGCGAGUAAGAAUUCCGGUGGCGGCGGGAAGAAGAGGAGGGGGGUGUUUCUAAGCCUGGCUCGAUCGCCGUCGUGGCUGACGUUCGACGGCGACGGAGACGUGGAGGAAGAGGAGGAGAUGGUGACGGCGGUGUGCAAGGAGUGUCACAUGUUGGUCAUGCUUUGUAAGGCGGCGCCGACGUGUCCUAAUUGCAAGUCGGUGAGCCUCCCGGCCCCCGGUUUGGAUCAUAUGUGGUCGCCCAAUAAAGCCAGUCCACUCCUGUUGAAUUAAUUGAUUCAUUUAAUCAUAACUCAUCUCCCUAGUACUCUCCGCUUAAUUAUAAUUAUUAAGGAUUAAUUAUUAACGUGAUCAAAUAUUUGAUAUAGAGUAUAUUUAUGCCUCUUUUUCAAUUUGUCCAUUUAAAUCACAUAUACACAUUAAAAGACGUAGGUUUAU